UUAUCAUUGCCGUAUCCAGGGAGGACAUGCGACCCCCCCUUCUCCCCCGUCGGCGACUCGUGUCUGUUGCUGAACCUGGCGCUGAAGAGUGACUGGGCUUCGGCACGUCAGUUCUGCGUCGGAAAAGGGGCUGACUUGGCUCGCUUCUCCGAUGCUGCGGGUUACGCUGCCAUUCUCGAUUAUAUUAAUAAAAUCAACUCGGAGAAUGACUCGAUUGACGUGUGGCUUGGUGGCACUGACGAGGCUCUGGAAGGGACGUGGCUGUGGGUCACAGGCGAACUCAUGCCCCGAGGACCACCGUUCUGGGGUUCCACAGACAGGUAAAUUUUGUUCUGCUUUUAA